CAAAAGUUGCAGAGUGGCUCUCAUUGUCGAGCUCAACUGGAACACAAGCUGACUCUGCUGAUGCGUUUGUGGGGUCUAGACAUUUCGUACAGCAGGAUUGAGUCUGUCUUCACUCUCGUGGCACCGUGCUUAAUAGUCAAGACGGAACUCAGGGCAAAAUGGCGGCCGAAAAGAAGGAUACGGAAUCGCUCGAUGCGAUCACCGACCGAAUCAAUAGCCUUCUCGGCACGGGAAGUGGUAGCAAAGAUGUAGCAGCAAAGAAGCCAGAGGAAGAGGCAAGAAAGCCAGAAGAUGCAGCAAAUGUACCCGCAGAUGGCAAGGCAGCGGGUGGCGCUGAUGCGAGCAAGGAGCAGGUGGCAAGCAACCUGAGGGUUUCUAGCUACGAAGUGCAAGUCACCUUAGCAGACCAGCAAGCAGACCCAAACUCUCCCUUAUUCUCCGUUAAGAACUUCAGCGACCUCGGGUUGCAUCCUGAUCUGCUCAAAGGAAUCUAUGCGAUGAAAUUCACCAAGCCCUCCAAAAUUCAAGAGCGAGCGCUUCCUUUGCUCUUGCAAAAUCCGCCACGAAAUAUGAUCGGGCAAUCGCAAUCAGGCACUGGCAAAACUGCCGCGUUCGUGCUGACGAUGCUCUCACGGAUCGACUACAGCGUCGAGGCACCACAAGCGAUCGCCUUGGCUCCUUCGCGCGAGCUUGCACGACAAACGAUGGAUGUCGUGACGGAGAUGGGAAAAUAUACGCCCGUGAAGACGCUUAUGGCGAUCCCCGAUGCAGAGGGUGCAAAGCGUAGCCAGAAGAUCGCAGCGCAGUUGAUCGUGGGGACGCCAGGCAAAGUGAUGGAGCUGGUCAAGUACAAAGCGAUCGACACGAGCAAGGUCAAGGUGUUCGUUCUCGACGAGGCGGACAAUAUGCUAGACCAGCAGGGCUUGGGUGACCAGUCCAUUCGGGUCAAGAACGUGAUGCCAAAGACGUGCCAGCUGGUUCUGUUCUCUGCCACCUUCCCGGAUCACGUGCGAGAAUUCGCGUCCAAGAUCGCACCCGCCGCCAACGAGAUCCGCUUGAAGCAGGAGGAGCUGUCCGUCGAGGCGAUCAAGCAAUUCUACAUGGACUGCAACUCGGAGGAGCACAAGUAUCAAGUCCUUGUGGAUCUGUACUCGCUGCUGACUAUUGGCCAGUCGAUCAUCUUCUGCGCCAAGCGCGAUACGGCAGACCAGAUCGCCAAGCGCAUGACCGCCGAAGGGCACAAGGUUGACUCGCUGCAUGGCAAGCUGGAUACGGCGGAGCGCGAUCGGACGAUCGAUGCGUUCAGGGACGGCAAGAGCAAAGUCCUCAUCGCAACGAAUGUCAUCGCAAGAGGCAUCGACAUCCAGCAGGUUACGCUCGUCAUCAACUACGACAUGCCGCUCGCCCAGGACGGCAAGCCGGACGCAGAGACAUACUUGCACAGGAUUGGCCGAACAGGUCGUUUUGGGCGCAAAGGAGUGUCGAUCAACUUUGUGCACGACCAGACCAGCUGGAAGAACAUGAACGCAAUGGAGAAGGCGCUGUCGUGCAACAUUGUCCGCGUCGCGACGGACGAUAUGGAGAUGAUGGAGAAGACCAUCAAGGAUGCGCUGAAGAGCUAGUGGCUUCUGGCUGUACCAUGUACAAUAAAGCUCGCAGCGGGCAACGCUCGUGCACCAUGCGGCUUUCUUGUCACGCUUUGCGAACGAUGAUCAUACCCGAUU